AUGGCCGCAGUACCAAGGAAUCCCCAGGGCGCCUACAACGACCCCUAUUCUCGCUACAACAACAACAACACCGCCGCCGCCAACCCUCAAUAUACUGGCCUCAGCCUCCAACAACAACAACAACAACAACAACAACAGCAACAACAAGGCUCAACUGAAACAUCGCCCCAGAGCCAGCAACCAUCGAAAAAAGCCUUGGCCAUCACAUCUAGAGCCACCCGGGGCUCACCUCCUCCCCCACUCAUGGGCUCGGCCAUUGUCCUCGUCAACGACUCGGCUCUGCACUGCUUUGGCGGCCGCCUCGACAAUCGCGAGCUCACCAACUGUCACUAUGUCCUCGAUGUCGAGACGGGCUACUGGCAGACCAUCCUCCCCGCACCCACAACCGACUCCAUGAACAACAACAACGCCGAUAGAAACGUGAAUGACCCAAGGGCUCUCUUCUCGCUGUCUUUGACAACCGAUCCCGUCAAUACCAACUCCGGUUCUUUAUCCGACACCCUCUCGAUCCCACCCCAACCUCGCUACUUCCACACUGUCAAUGCCUACGGAACCUCCCUCAUCCUCUUUGGCGGCAUGGGCGCCAUCCCCAUCAACAGGGACGGCGAGGACAGCGACAAUGAAGGCGACAACCAGCAGAGUCAGUUGGCCGCCCUUGCCGAUCUGCACGUCUACGACAUUAUCACACAACGGUGGCAACAGAAGACACCCACAGUCAACCAACACACACCCAGGGCUCGCUGGGCGCAUUUGGCAGCAGUCCUGGACCACUUUUUGGUCGUCAUCGGAGGUACAGAUACCAACAAAAACUAUGUCGAGGACGCCUGUGUACUUGAUCUGCAUACCUGGGAGUGGGUUGCAUCGAUCCAAAACAUUGGCCAGUGCGGAUCCUACAGGACAAUCGCCGCAACAGGACCCAGCCUCCAGACAACUGCUGAAAUCACCCCUUCAACGCCUUCCUUCCCCUCUGCCGACGCCUUUUCUCCUCAGAUCUCCUCCAACCUUUCGUGGCCAACAACCGAGGAUGGCGCCAUUGACGCAAUGGCCAGCAUCUCACAGGUCCUCAGCGGACGUAUCUCGGCACCCAGCUCAACGUCCUCAUCUCUGCAUUCAUCCAAAAACUUCGACUCUCAACCUAUCAACACUCAGGGCAACAAGAAGGCAACCGCGCGACUGAUGAGUGGAGACCUGACCCCUGCCUUCAAGGCCGGCAGCGAAUUGCCCUCAAUCUACCUCUACUCCAACUACAACUUCCAAAACCUGCGCCGCGAGCUCAAGAUCAUCACGCCCCAGUAUACCCACCCUUCCGCCUCCGUGCCCACGUUUUCGAUAGUUGAAAAAACUGAGGCAUUCGAGAGGCUUGGACAAGACCACCCUCUCCCCCCAGGUUUGCGCUUCCCUCAGGGCCACGUAUACCAGAACCAGCUCAUUCUGACCGGCACAUUGAUCGUCUCGGGCAAGGCACCGACUCUGGCCAUCUACUCCUUCAACCUGAUUACACACAUGUGGGAUCGGCUCGACACCGACACGACACUCGACAAGGGAUCAUGGAACCGGUCGCUCCUUCACCCUGCGACGGGCACUUUGCUUAUCUUUGGUCACUACGAGUCGAACGCAGAUUCGGACUAUUCUAACCGGAUCCAGCACCACAACCACCUCAUGAUGGUCAACUUACAGGCCUAUGGACUCUAUGAACGCCCCAUCCCUUCUUUCCUCCCAACCGCUCAGGAUCUGGGACACGAUUUGCUCAGAGAGCCAGGUCUGAACGACAUGGAGAUUUCCUCAAUCAACGGAACCCUCUUUGGCGCCAACUCGACCAUCCUUGCGGCACGCUGGCCGGAGUUUGCAACCAUGCUCCUCUCGCCACCGUAUGUUACUCCUUUGAUUCUGGAGCUGCCUGUCCCAGAUGAGGUUGUGCCCAUGUUCCUGUACUACCUCUACACUGGAGCGCUGCCCUUGAACUCGAUUGUCACUCCCGGCGUGGCCGACUACCUGUUGAUCCUUGCAAGGCGGUACCAGCUAAACGGCCUUCAUGCCUUGGCCGUCGAUAUCCUGCACCAAACUGUCACCGUCAACCCUAUUCGCGUGUACAGCUCUGCUCUCAUGGCUGGUGAACUUGGACUGCAGGCCAGAGCCGUCGAGUUGGCCAUGAACGCGUCUGCCAACAAGGCUGCUGCUCCACCAGCAGGACGGGACGGAGCAUCGUCUCCCUCUCCAUUGGCUGGCUCUCGCAGGAGGAUAUCGGCCCAGCCCCCAUUGCUAGACAGUACUUUGAGCAGAAAUUACAGCAACCGCGUGCCUCCACCCUCAAGCCGUCUUCCCUUCCCACCAGAGCGUCGGCGUGCAGCGUCUAACCACUCGAGAGACAGUGUCAGCACGGAUGGUGGCCUCGGAGGCGAUGGUCUCAUGCAACAAUACAACACCAACGCCCCUCCUUCAGGUGGCCGGAUGGCUCCAUCAAUUCCAGAGAGCGGCGAGCCUGCCUUGUACCUGUCCUCGCCCGAGCCCGGUGCCAGAGUGCGCAAGAUGCGGUCGCCUCCUAUGCCACCCAACAUGCAGCACACCCCUUCGAACCACCCAUUGUCCUACAUGAGCAACAGCUCGGGUGGAUCCAUGUACGAUAGCGCUCUCGCCUCACCUGGAUUGCCCCGGAAUCCCCAACUUCAACAGCAGCAGCAACAGUACCAGCAACAAUACCACCAACAGGCGUAUCCCUCACCCCUGUCACCCAAUAUUCAGGCACAGCCCUCGUUCUCGACUUUCAGUCCACAAGGAGGAUACGCCCCUUCGAUGCGUGGUGGAUCUGGAAGUGACGGGUCUCCCAGUGUCUAUGGCCAAGAGGAGAAUGACGAUGGUUCAUCGGCGUUCUCGGGCUACCAGGGCCAGGGUGAUCUGAGAGCGCAGCAGGCCAAGCGCCGUCUGCAAAUGCAGAUGCAGUACGACAUGGAGCAGCAGCAACAAUAUCGUAUGCGUCUGGAAUACGCUGCCCAACAUCCUCAACAGCAGCAGCACCUGGUUGAACAGCAGCAGCUCCGCGAUGCCGAGUUGAUUCUCCAACAGCAGCAACAGCAACAGCUACAGCAACAACAGCAGCAACAACACCGAUACCUCCACGGCGCAGCCAGCAACGCUUCAUUGUCGUCCAAGGUCGGUGGUGGCGGAGGAUAUGCAGCGAGCCAGAUAACUUCAGCGGCUGAGUCGAUUGCCGAGACAACUUCGUCGCACAAGUCGAGCAACAGCAGCAAGGCCAGCAUCAAGAGUUCCAAGAGUGACCAGGACGAAAAGAAGAAGGGCGUCCUUGCUAAGCUUAAGCCUCCCAAGCCCAAAGCCAGUGGUGCUGCUCUCAUGAAAAGUGCCGGUUUCUAG